UCAAGGGCAGAUGGGCACCAUUUGGGCCGCUUAGGGCCCCGGGCUGGCGAAGCCCUGGGGGUUGGGGCCCCCGCUGACCCAGCCAUGAACCCAAUGAUGGGAGGUGGAAUGGGCUGCGGCGGAUGUGGGGGAUGUGGCUGCGGUGGAUGUGGUAUGGGAGGAAUGAAGAUGGGUGGCUGUGGUGGUUGUGGCGGGUGUGGAAUGGGAUGUGGCGGUUGCUGUGGUGGCUGCGGAGCAGGCGGAGGAGGGUGUGGCAUGGGUGGAUGCAACAACAACAUGGGCAUGGCCAUGCCCUCCAACUCAAUGAUGCAGCAGCAGAUGGCGCAAAUGUCUUCAAUGAUGAUGCCCAUGAUGAUGGGCGGAGGAGGCAUGGGCAACAUGGACGAGAUGAUGAAGAAGAUGCAAGAAAUGAUGGGCAUGGGUUCGAAGACCAAGACCGAGAAGGGUUCGAAGAAGAAGGCAAAGGACAAUGCAAAUGUUGUUUUCGUGGGUGGCCUGCGAAAGACUACUGAGGAGGAUAGGGUCGCGGCUCACUUUGCCAAAUUUGGACAGGUGGAGCAGGUGGACAUCAAACGUCUUCCAGAUGGAACAUCCCGAGGGUUUGCCUUCAUAAAGUUUGCAGAGACGGAUGCCGUUGACAAAGUCAUUGAGGCACAUGCCAAGCACAUGAUCGACAACAAGUGGGUUGAAGUCAAGAAGCACGACGGAGUCGCAGCAUCGGCAGGAAUGACGGAGUCUUUGAACAAGAAGAAGGCAGACGAGGAUGAACCUGAAGAAAAGGCAGAGAAUCGGGAUGAUUGGUCAGAAAAAUGGUCGCAGCAGUACUUGGAGAUGGCUUCAAAGUUAGGGGAGAUGGAGCAAGGUGGUGAGAAGAAAUCCUCAGGUACAAGUGAGAUGGAGCAGAUGAUGAAACAGAUGGGUCUUGAUCCGUCCAUGAUGAAGCAGAUGGGUAUGGACCCCAAGUCCAUGCAGAAAAUGAUGAAGCAGAUGGGACUGGAUCCAAGCAUGCUCAAAAUGAUGGGCAUGGACCCAUCGAUGAUGAUGAUGAACAUGAUGAGCAUGAUGAACCCGAUGAUGAGCAUGAUGGGUGGUGGCAUGGGGGGUGGUAGUGGUGGUGGAAUGAGCAAGUCCAUGAUGAAGCAGAUGGGCAUGGACUCAAACAUGAUGCAGAUGAUGGGUAUGGGCAAGAAAAGCGACAAAGAUGGGGGCAUGCCCGCUCUCGACAACAAACCCAUGUCGAAAGGCCAAUCCCCUCCACGGGGCCGUUCGGGAAGCAGACAUCGCUCCAGAAGUGCGAGGCGUGGUCGUUCGGGCAGUGCCAACAGAAGACCCCGCUCUCCGCACCACUCCGGGCAGCGACCGGAGGGUGGAAAGCCCCCCGGCCUGCCUGGGAUGCUUGGUGCGCCGCAGCAGAACUCACUCUUCCGGCCAGCGGCCCCGCAAGCUCCAACGGAGGAUCCUGCCAAGGUGGCUGCUCGCAAAGCCGCUGCGAGUGCUGCAGCGGCUGCCUUCGCCAUGGCUGCCGGGAGGGUGGCCGAGACCUCCCGUGACGCUGCGAGGGAUGCUGCGACUGCAAAGGCAGCAGCACCCCAGAUGCAGCCAGACCCCAAUGACCGACGGCCUGUUGGCUUUGAGUCUGGUGAGGGCGGACAUGGCAGGACCUGGCAUCCGGACCCUCUCAACCCUCAGAUGAAACCGCCGGUGAAGCUUUGGCUGCCGGAGCCCACUGUGCAGGAACAAAUUGCGCAGAGUUCGGCACCGGAGCUGCAAAGACAUCAUCAACCACCUGCAGAUGAUAGGCGGAGGAGUCCUCGACGCAAGAGUCGCAGUAAGACUCCAAGAAGAAACCGCAAGAAAAGCAGUGGUGGUUGGGACAACGAGGAGGCCGCACCUGCACCAGCACCCUCUUCUUUUACAGCACAGGCAGCUCCAUCCAGGCCGGCGUUGCCGCCAGGAGCAGCUCCGCCUAUGCUGCCAGGCCCGCCUACAGCAGGAGGAGGUCAAGUGGUUCCUGUGAACCGUUUCGGAAUCCCAGAGGCCACACCAGAGGCACUUGCUGCUGCAGUCUUCAGAGCGCAGCAGGUAGAAGCUGCUGGCCUGGAGGCCAUCCGCUCGACAGGGCAGAUCCCCCGGGGUCCACCCGAUUUGCCGACUGGAACGGAAGUCAUUGAGCAGAAGUGUGUUGCAUAUUUGAUCGGCAAGGGUGGUCAGGCCCUUGCUGCUAUCAACGCUGCUGCCGGUGUAUCCAUCCAGAUUGACCAAAGCACCAAAAGCUUUGGCUGGAGCAUGGCAAACAUUUACGGCACAGAGGAAGGAGCAGCAAAGGCCAAAAUGAUCCUCAGACAGAAGGUGUCGGAAUACCGUCCUCUCCGUGCGUAGGACCAGCGAGAGAGUGGUUUUGCGAGCAUUCCUUCACCUGCAAGGAAAGGAGCAGGCCGCUUUGAAGCCAUGAGCUAUCCCGUCGUCUGCGUAAAUGACGCAGAGCCCAUUCACACUUGUGCCGCUGUGAUCUGUGUAGCGUUUGUAGCCUUUUGCCGGAG